AUGGCUAGUACACCGCAGCCCACUGAGUCCGAGAUCUACAUUCGGGAGUUCCUCUCUGCCAAUCCGGCGCUCGACAAAGAGUUGGGCGAGGUUGAAGUUAUGACAGACCGGUACACAAAUGAGGAGUGGACGAAACAAAUUGCGGAAACGCAGAGAAAGGUCUUGGCUGAAGUAAAGGAUAGGAGAAAAGAAGGAGGGAGAGGAUGGAAGUACGACGCUCCAAAAGCGGCAAGUACGGAGCUCGCGAAAACGGUAGACCAUACGGUGCUGAAGUUGGACGCGAAAGAGGCACAAAUCGAUGCGCUGUGCGCUGAGGCAAGGGUGGAGAACUUCAAGAGCGUAUGCGUCCGCCUACCCUGGGUCCAGAGAUGCGUCAACAACCUCAAAGGCACAGACGUUGUUGUAGCCUGUGUCGUCGGCUUUCAUGAAGGUACUCAGGAUACAUAUGAAAAGCUGCGGGAAGCGCGAGCCGCUGUUGCUGCCGGCGCCGCCGAACUCGAUCUCGUCCUCAACUAUAGUAUUCUGACCAAGCAUAACCCUCCCUCUUCGCCAACACUUUCCUCGCGAGACUCAACAACAGACACCAUAACCGCCGCCAACACAGCCGCAAAUGCACGUCCACGAGCUGGAACCGCCGCCACGGAGGGCCCUUACUCGGUUGACGGCGCCGUCUCCUCCGUUAGUCAAGAAGAUGAAAGCGAGAUUCCAGACUACAGCUCCAUAUAUAAAGAGCUAGCCUCCAUCCGCGCCCUCUGCCCCAACCCCACCGUAAUUAAACUCAUCCUAGAAACCUCCCAACUUACCGACCACCAAAUCCUCGCCGCGGCGCACCUCGCUGCCUCGGCGAAUCUAGACUUCAUCAAGACCUCCACGGGUUUCAACGGCCCCGGUGCCACGCUUCCGCAUGUGCAGCUCAUGGUCACGGCUGCCGAGUAUCUCUCUACUAGAACGAAGAGUAACGGCGGCAGCCCCGUACGCGGUGGGGGUCGCAAGAUGGAGGUCAAGGCCAGUGGCGGGGUUAGGAGCUGGGAAGAUGCACUGAAGAUGUUGGAGGCGGGAGCGACGAGGCUGGGAACGAGUAGCGGUGUAUGGAUUAUGCAGGAGAGUAGGAAGAUCCUGGAAGCCGAGGCCGCCGGUAAAAGACCUGGGAUGACUACACGGCUGUACACGGACAACUCUGUGGCCGACGAGUACUAA